AUGCCACCGCAGAUUGUUUCAACGACGGAAAAGAAGAAGCGUCGCCCACAUGUCAAGAGCAAAGCGGGGUGUUCGACGUGCAAGAAGCGGCAGGUACGAUGUGACGAACAUAAACCCAAAUGUCUCAAUUGCAGUCGCCUGCAUUUAUCAUGCGGAUAUUCAAAUGAAGCGUGUCUGAGUGUGGUACACCAGCCCGUUGAUUAUCAAUUGAAUGACCGCCCUGGCUGGAAAAAUCGCGACUUAUACUUCUUCAACCAUCUUUCCUGCUUGGUUGUAGACCUUCAACAGAGCAAGAGGCAACAACUUUUGUUUGCAGGUGAUGUGUUACACGAAACCUUCAAGAUAGCUAUGGAGAAGGAUUUUGUUCGACAUGCGGUGUGCGCUUUAUCUGCUUCACAUCUUUCUUCACUGAACAAGACCACCGCUAUGGCACACGCUAGCUUCGAGUACAGAUAUUUGGCAAUCCGUGGCCUGCGUCAAAAUUUGAAAGACACAGAUGCUCAAAAUCUUGUGGGAGUCCUGGCUGCUUCACUCUUACUCUCCUGGCAAGCUCCCUCGAGUGACGAGUACUCGCAUACUAUGCAAGGUGUCAAGACUAUACUCGAAUUUAUGGAUGCGAAUGGAUAUCACUCCGACUUGCGAUCGUUGCUUGCAUCAUCGGAUGGGCUUCCUCCCACGAAAAGCACUGAAUUCACCAUUCCGGAUCGUCCUCUGGUAAGAGCCAACGAGGUACUGAGCACGAUUCUCAGAAGACUACAGGGCUUUCAGGUUGAUGCCGAAUUCAAAAGAAGCAUGAAAGAACUUUCGAAUUAUGUCUCCAGCUUGGCUAUGCGCCCGGUCACGAACACGCCAGCGGAGUACCAAAUGCAAGCACUCUAUCCUAUCAGGAAUUGGAUGCACUGGAUUCCAAACGCUUUCCAACGUCUCGCGCAAGGCGAUCCGGUCGUUAUGCUUUUCUUUGCGUGUUUCGAGAUGACCCAUCUCGCUAUUGCUCCUGUUCUUCCUGAGACAAGCACACCACUCAGUAUUUUGAAGCGAGCCAAGAUCAUUGAGAACCUGGAUAGACAAAUCACGGACCUUGAACAGUCGUCACGCCUAUCAGCUUCUAUUGAUGCCGAACAGUUACAGACUCUUAGCAUGCUGAAGACUUUGAUGGCUGGACCUCGCUCUUGGAUUCCUACACGUGGGGUGUAG